CUCCGGUACUUGAUCCGUCUGGACUCCUCUCGCUCAGGUAGACGGGACGGAACGCGGAAAGUCUUCUCUCCGGAUCUGCAGUCGCCUCACAUUCAUCCAUCAUGGCAGUGAACAGCUCGGCAAACAUCCUGAGCUCCGCCUACCUGGCGGCAGAGUACGUCGAUGCCGUUCUACCGGAGAACCCCUUCCAGCCCUCGCUGAAACACGCCUGGGGCUACAUGCUGGACAACUACACCAAGUUUCAGAUAGCCACCUGGGGGUCGCUCAUUGUCCACGAGCUCGUCUAUUUCCUCUUCUGCCUGCCUGGGUUCCUCUUCCAGUUUAUGCCCUUCAUGCAGAAAUACAAGAUCCAGCAGGAUAAGCCGGAGACCUGGGAGAAGCAGUGGAAAUGUUUCAAGAUGUUGCUCUUCAACCAUUUUUGCAUCCAGUUCCCUUUGAUCUGCGGGACGUACUAUUUCACCGAAUACUUCAACAUCCCCUAUGACUGGGACUCAAUGCCACGCUGGCCGUACCUGCUGGCUCAGUGCUUUGGCUGCGCCGUUGUUGAAGACACGUGGCACUACUUCCUCCACCGCCUGCUGCAUCACAGGCGCAUCUACAAAUACAUCCACAAAGUCCACCAUGACUUCACUUCUCCUUUCGGCAUGCAGGCGGAGUACGCUCAUCCCGCUGAGACCCUCAUCCUGGGUGCGGGUUUCUUCAUUGGCAUCAUGAUUUUCUGUAACCACGUGUUCCUCCUCUGGGCCUGGGUCUCCUUCCGUCUGCUGGAGACCAUCGAUGUCCACAGUGGUUACGACAUUCCUCUGAACCCGCUCCACCUGAUCCCGUUCUACGCCGGCACUCGCUUCCAUGACUUCCACCACAUGAACUUCGUCGGGAACUACGCCUCCACGUUCACCUGGUGGGACAAGCUGCUGAAGACGGACAGCCAGUACAACAAGUACAUGCAGAAACAGGAAGACAAGAAGGCGGAGUAAAGCGCUGGAGCCUCGGUCUGGAGGCGCUCGCCUGGACUGUUCUGUCUGAACGGUGGAAAACGCUCAGCAAAGUACUGCUAUUAAUCACCGUACACUUUUAGAACCACACUAAAGGGGUAUAAGAAAUGAAUUUGCAGCACUUUUUCCUGAAUCGCACCAUGUGUUGAGUUCAGUUCACCUUCUGUGCCUUUACAAGAAGUCUUAUGUGCUUCCUCGCAAGCUGCUGGCCUCAAUAAAAACCAUCAACAUCCUCAUUUUGACUCCUUAUCAGAUGAAAAAGUUGCGCCAUGUUUCUGUCUUGUGAAAUACUUGUGUUUCCUUGUGAAAGUGUCUGCACUAGCACUUCUUCUUGAGUUGAUCUGAGUCACAGAGUCAGCCUUUCGCUCUGUGCUGUUCGGCCUUCAGUUCAUUUUGAACUGUCUAAACUCAGAGUCAGCCUCUGAAGCAAGGGGAGCAUUCUGGAUGCAAACCUGUGUGAUUUUCUUUCUUUUUUUUAAUGAAAAGGGAUUGGGUUGCAGGUCACUUCAUGUAAUGUUUGACGCUGAAAUCAAGACGAAGAUUCAUGUGAUUUUAUUUUUUAAGAAAAAAACCAAAAAACCUAAGUCAUGUUUGUUCUUCUAUAUAUUUUUUUUUGUCCU